GCCGUGCCUCUGUGAGUGCAGCACAGCCGAAGAACCGAAGACGGUUUUGUUUACCCCCGCGAGCUGCAGCCAUGAUUCUGUCCACCUAUAAUUCCAUCCAGUCCAUUUUCUGUUGCUGCUGUUGCUGUUCCGUGCAGAAACGUCAAGUGCGAACACAAAUCAGCUUGAGCAAAGAUGAAGACCUUUCAGAAAAGUACGCUCCGCACCGCAGGCCCUGGCUCAGCGAGUGGUCAAGGAAGCAUCAAUCCAGCAGGGACCGGACCCAGCCAUCCAAGCGCAAGCCGCUUCCUCCGCUGCCACCCUCUGAGCUUGCUGAGGAGCGGAUCCGAGUCAAGGCACUUUACGAUUUUCUGCCCAGAGAGCCUUGUAACCUGGCAUUGAAGAGAGCACACGAAUACCUGAUCCUGGAGAAGUACGACCGUCACUGGUGGAAAGCGAGGGACUCUUUAGGGAACGAAGGCUUUAUCCCUAGCAACUACGUGACUGAAAACAAACCAACCAACUUAGAAAUCUAUGAGUGGUACCAUAGAAACAUUACCAGAAACCAAGCAGAGCGCCUGCUGAGACAAGAGUCUAAAGAAGGUACAUUUAUUGUCAGAGACUCAAGACAUUUGGGAUCCUACACAAUUUCCGUGUUUAUAAAAGCCAGGAGAAGCACGGAGGCUAUGAUAAAACAUUAUCAGAUCAAAAGGAAUGACUCGGGACAGUGGUACGUGGCUGAAAGACACCUCUUCCCAUCCAUUCCCGAGUUGAUCCGGUACCACCAGCACAACGCGGCGGGUCUCAUGACCCGUCUCCGCUCCCCAGUUGGUCUGAUGGACAACUGUUUACCGGCCACAGCUGGCUUUAGCUAUGAAAAGUGGGAGAUAGAUCCAUCUGAAUUGGCUUUCGUCAAAAAGAUUGGAAGCGGUCAGUUCGGGGUAGUCCAUCUAGGUAAAUGGCGAGCACACAUCCAGGUGGCCAUCAAAGCUAUCAACGAAGGCUCCAUGUCUGAAGAGGAUUUCAUCGAAGAGGCAAAAGUGAUGACGAAAUUAUCACACUCAAGGCUCGUUCAGCUUUAUGGGGUGUGUACACAGCAGAAGCCCCUCUACAUUGUGACAGAGUUCAUGGAAAAUGGCUGCCUGCUUAACUACCUGAGGGAGAGAAAAGGAAAACUUCGGAAGGAAAUGCUACUGAGCGUGUGCCAGGAUGUAUGUGAGGGGAUGGAAUAUCUGGAGAAAAACUGCUAUAUUCACAGGGAUUUAGCGGCAAGAAAUUGUCUGGUCAGCUCUACCUGUAUUGUGAAGAUCUCAGACUUUGGGAUGACAAGGUACGUUUUGGACGACGAAUAUAUCAGUUCUUCUGGAGCCAAGUUCCCAAUCAAGUGGUCCCCCCCUGAAGUUUUUCAUUUCAACAAGUACAGCAGUAAAUCUGACGUCUGGUCAUUUGGAGUUUUAAUGUGGGAAGUUUUCACUGAAGGGAAGAUGCCUUUUGAAAAUAAAUCAAAUUUGCAAGUCGUGGAAGCCAUUUCUAAAGGCUUCAGGCUGUAUCGCCCCUACUUGGCACCGGUGUCUGUAUAUGAAGUCAUGUACAGCUGUUGGCAUGAGAAACCCGAAGGCCGUCCUACGUUUGCUGAACUGCUGCAGGUCCUCACAGAGAUGGCCGAAACCUGGUGACCCUCGAGGGAACGCCAGCCCAGAGGGCCAGCCGGCAAAGACUGUCACACCAGGACACCCCGAGUAGGUCGUGAGGGGAAAUGUCUUCCCUCACAAUUGCCAUCUCUCGGAAAGGUCUUGCAAAGGUCACAGGCUUUUCGAACAUUUUUAAAUUUAAGAAUAUUCUGGCAAUAGCUUUUCCCCAUGUGUGGGAGAGAUGUCUGAACUCUUCAUCGUCUGUGGUAUCGUUCCCAUCCCGCGUGUGGAGAAGGGAGAGAGAAAGCCGUCAUCGAGGCUGCCGUUCAUGGUCACAGCUGAGAAUCCUGGAGGCUCCGUGGAAACCUGCUCCUUCCCCAGGCUGAGAAGUCUCUCUCCUGCAGAGGAGGGACAGUCACUGCUCUGGUGGGCCGUGCAGAGGAGAUGAAAAGAAAUCCUGCCAACUCGUGGAACGAAGGAGCCUUUUCUACUGAAUUUCAUGUUUCUGAGCCGUGCAGCUCUUCAUGGAAAAUGCAUCUUUAGAAACUGUAUGAGUGUGAGCAUUCUGGAAAUGUCGUUUUUAAUCUCCCCAUGUGUUAUUUACCAAACUGUUUCUGCAUCUCUCUGGUUGUUUUCCAGGCAGUUUCUUGCAUUCCAGUUUUAAGCACUGUUACGAGACCUAGCCAGAGUCCUCUUUUUGAACACAUCCUGGUGACAUUUCGAUUUUCAGUGGAAGCCAUUGCUGGGGAAAUUCAGGACUUGAUUUCAAAUCUGAGGUUUUACUCUUUGCCCACGUGGGGUUGGACAACCUAAGAAGCCUUAUAGUAAGUGCCUUCUGCACUUCUCUGUGAGAUGACUUGUUCUUUCCAAAAGAGGAGGUAAAAACAAAAUAGCCAAAUGUGACAUCCAAGUUCAUUAUUCUGAAGUCCAGGAUUUUGCAUUCAAAAUGAGAUAACCAGCCAUCAUAGCUGACUCUUAGUUUCUCAUGCACUGCUUAUGUGCAUGUUAGAAAUUGAUCUUCAGCAUUCUGGGUGCUUCAGAGGUAAUACAGGAAGAAAGAUAUCUCAGAAAGCAGAAAUGUAGUUACCUUGAGAUUUAACAACAGGAGCCCAUCGUUGGGUAUCGCCCCACCCUGCCUCACAGCUCUGGAGACCAUGCUUUCUGAUCGUCACUGCAGACUAAGUUGCUAGUUGUCCAUAGUUGUGACUUUUAUUAUAUUUUUAAAAUUUUAUUUAUUAUUUUCACUUUAUUUGAAAGGGGGUAGGAGAGAGGGAGAAAGAGAGAUCUUGCACCUACUGGCUCAAUCCCCAAAUGCUCCCAUAACUGGGCCUGGGCUGGGCCAAAUCUAGGAGUCAGGAACUGCAUCUGAGUUUUCCAUGUGGAUGGCAGGGACCCUAGUACUUGGGCCAUCACUUGCUACCUCCCAUAUGCACACUAGCAAAAAACUGGAUUCAAAAGACCAAGACUUGAAUCCAGGCACUCCACUGUGGAAUGCUGGCAUGCCAAGCAACAUCUGAACUGCUAUUCCAAGCAUUCACCAUAGUAAUUGUGAAUUUUAAACCCUAUUUCUUCCACUCUGAGAAUCGUAUCUUUGAAUAUUAAUGAUAAUUAAAGAUCAUGAUGUGCAUUGUUUCUUUUUUUCUUUUUUUUUGACAGGCAGAGUGGACAGUGAGAGAGACAGAGAGAAAGGUCUUCCUUUGCCGUUGGGUCACCCUCCAAUGGCCGCCGCGGCCGGCGCACCGCGCUGAUCCGAUGGCAGGAGCCAGGUACUUCUCCUGGUCUCCCAUGGGGUGCAGGGCCCAAGUACUUGGGCCAUCCUCCAUUGCACUCCCUGGCCACAGCAUAGAGCUGGCCUGGAAGAGGGGCAACCGGGACAGAAUCUGGCGCCCCGACCGGGACUAGAACCCGGUGUGCCGGCACCACAAGGUGGAGGAUUAGCCUGGUGAGCCACGGCGCCAGCCUAUGUGCAUUGUUUCUAAAGCAUUGGGUAUAAGAAGAGACUUGAUAAUGCAGUGACAGGCUCCAAAAUGUUUGCAGAAGGUAUCAUACCCCUGCACCUGUUACUCCUGCCAACCUGAGGAGAGAUGAACACUCCCACUAGGGAGACCCAAUUCAAGCAAGACCCAAUUCAAGUAAGAGGACACGAAACUAAAACAGUCAAAGCUCAGGGCAGGGAGGUUAAGGUUAUGAUCCAGGAAACCACGUUAUAUCCACGUGUGCAGUAAGAUGCCCUUUCACAUUUUACUAAGCUUGGCAGUACCCAUUCUCCAUCAAAAGGAAAAAGCCAAAACCAAAACAACAACAACAACAAACCCACAAAAUCCCCCAAACCCCAGUCGCUGAAAAGCCCAGGGUUGACUAUGGAGCAUCUGCUGUCACUGUGGACAUAUGAAGAGUCACAGCCAGAGUUAAGUGAUUGCUGGGGGUCACAUGACAGCACCUGGCACUGCUAGGAGUAUGUGUUGGCAGUGGGGAGCUUUUGUUUUCACCCUUCAGGGGAGUUGGGGAGAGCAAAUCAGGAGCAAGGAUCACUGGAGCUAUGUCCUGGGUAACUAAACUCCAGAUAAUGUGUGAAUUUUGAGUGUCUGUGGACAGAGAUGUGCCAUUCUCUGUGUAGUCAUGGGGAGUUUCCUUAAGAGGUAGGGGACUAUGUUUUAUAACUGGUUUAAUAUUAAUUGUUGAUAAAAGGUCUCUGUGAGUUGUCUGAGGUGGGAUGCAGCAAUGCUUAAAUAGCUUUGCUGAAGAAGUGAGCAGCAGAGGCAGGCUCUGUGGUGUAGCGGGUUAGGCUGCAGCCUGUGACGCUGGCAUCCCAUAGCAGCACUGGUUUGAAUCCUGGAUGCUCCUCUUUUGAUUCAUGCUAAUGUCCCUGGGAAAGCAGCAGCAGAUGACCCAAGUACUUGGGCCACUGCACCCAUGUGGAAGACCUGGAUGAAGCUCCUGGCUGCUGGCUUCAGCCUGGCCUAGCCUUGGUCAUUGCAGCCAUUUGGGGAGUGAACCAGCAGAUGGAAGACCUCUCUGUCUCUCUGACUCUACUCUUUCUAUAACUCUGCCUUUCAAAUAAAUAAAUAAAUCUUUUUUUUUUUUAAAGAAGGAACAGGAGAAUUAGAGAUUGGUUGUAGAGAGUCCUAAAAGAGGAAAAGUUGGGAAUUUAAAGGAGGGAGAGGAGUCUCCUAAAACAAUGGAAUAAUUUUAGAGGCCAAAUGGAAGAUAAGAUCAGUGAAAACAACCUUUUGGCCAGAAAGCCAUAGGAGACUUUCCUUAGUAAACUUAUAAAUUUAUUAAUUUUUUAAUUUGAAAGAGUGAGAGCAAGAGACAGAGCUCCCAUCUGCUGGUUUACUGGGAGGUAGGCCAGGGUUGGGGCCGAGAGCUGGCAACACCAUCUGGGUGCUCCUGUCGGUGAACAGGAAACCAAUUGCAUGAGCCAUCCCCACUGUCUCUCAGGAUCUGUACUGAGAGUAAUCUGGAGUCAGGAGCCAGAGCUGGGGCUGGAACCCAGGUACUCUGAUGUGGGGUGGGGGCAUCCCACAGCCUUCAGUCUCCAGGGAAGCCAACCAACUCUCCGUGUGCAGACAAAAUCCUUGGGUCCCUCCUCACCUGCCUAGAGUAUGCACAACUGCUAGGGAUGAGACCAUGGUGUGUGGGGCUCACCGUGAUGCAGUAAGUAUCUGCCUUGGUUUCCCACCAGUCACGCAGACCUGCAGUUACAGCUGUCCCAGAUUUUAGCUUUCCAGGCCCUGGUUCCCAAUAUUCCAAGCUGAUCUUAACUUGAAGCAUUUCCCAGGAGUUUGUGCUGCAAGAAGGCAAACCAAAAAUCUUCUCAGGAUGGCCUAAGUCUGUGAGAAAAAAGGUACAGGCCUGGUUUUAAACCUUUGUUCAUAAAAUCAUAAACACACAUGAAUCAUGAGUACAUAGCUUUGUUAACAUUCGCAAAGUGAGCAAAUCUGUGUAAUUGAGCCAGGUCAAGAAAGCGUACAUUUCAGAACUGCAGAAGCCAUUCUCAUUCACUAAUCAAGCCAAGCUAUUUUUGAACUUUCUAUAAAUUGACGAUUAUGGUAUAUAAUUUUUUGUGCUGAUCCAUGUUGUAUGUAGUUGUUUGCCAUUUAUUCCAGGGUCUGCAUUGUCUUACAUAGAAUAAUUUUUGCACAUAUUAUUUAUCUGGUUUAUUUUGAUGAAUAUUUGGGUUAUUUUCAAUUUUAACUAUUAAGGCCAGUACUGCUAUGAACAUCUUUCUACUUUCUACAUGUCUUUUGGUGAAAAUAUGUAUUUCUGUAUAUAUGUGUACGUCCAGGAGUGAAAUUGCAGGGCCAAACAGUCUGUGUAUGUCUCACUUUUGUAAACUGUGCCAAACAGUGUUCUGAAGUAGAUACAGCAAAGAUAUAACCUGCAGCAAUGCAUGGGAAUUUCAGUUGCUCUAUGUCCUCAACAAGAGUUGGAAUUGUUACUGUUGGCCAUGAAAAUUGCCAAAGGACCAAAGGGCAAGACGUCCCACAUUCAGUUUUGCUUAUCAAGUGUGCUGCCAUAUAAUUCCCUGCCUCCCUCUUUGUUAUCAGCAUCAUUUCUGUGCUGUGUGGAAAAUGGAGAUGGGGACUCGUGUGCAGGGUGGGCUGUCCUAGGCCCUGUGUGCUCUGUUCUCCCUGUCUUUCAGGAUGCAGCUGCACCUGUGCCUCUGGGAGGUGUGGAGGUGCCCCUUGCUAGCACCCUCCCUGCUGAAGGGGGUGGGCCCAGGAGGCCUGCUCCUGCUCUCUGUGAGACCAUUUUCCUGAAGCUUCAGCCUCCUCUUACAUCUUGGGACUACGGACUUGGGCCUUGACUGGUAAACAGAAAUUAUUUUGCCCCGUGUUAAAAUGGUUAGGAAGGUUUUGUUCAAGAUGAUUGCAAUAGUGAAAAAAGGCUGAACUCAGUGGUGGGCAUUUGGCUAAGCAGUUAAGACAUUGCUUGGGAUGCCCAUUUCAGAGGGCUCAGGUUGUAAUCCCAGCUCCACUUCUGAUUCUAGUUUACUGCUGAUAUGAAGCCUGGGAAGAAGAAAGUGGUGGCUCAACUGUUUCCGUCCCUGCCACUCAUGUGGGAGACUUGGAUUAAGUUCCUGGCCCCUGGCUUUGGCCUGGCCUAGCCCCAACUGUUGCAGGCAUUUGGGGAAUGAACCAGACAAUGGGAGAUCUCUCUCUUUCUCUCUCUGUGCCUCUGUCUCUGUCCCCCCACCUUUUUAAUAAAAAAUAAAAACUAAGUAACUAAAAUAAAAAAAGGAUUGAGCUGAACUCUGAAUAGAGCAAACAUAGCUGGGGUUGGGGAGUGAUGGGCAGUCAGUGAUAUAAAAGUACUAGGAGGAGAUAACAAGGGUAUGCAGACUCUUAACAAACUGGCUUAGCAGGAUGCUAACUAGAGGCAGGCCAAGGACUGUGUGAUUAAGAGGGAGGGAUGAGGAAUUGGAUCAGAUAGCUAGGGCCAGUAGAUCCUUGCCAGACUGACUUAGCACGAUUCUGACUACAGCCAGGCCAGGGAAGGCUCCAGGAGGGGCCUGGCCAAGAAGAGGAAUCAGGGGAGCUUGGCUUCAGUUUUGUCUUUGUCAUGAUCCAUCGUGUCAGCUGCCCUUGCUCCCAAAUCUGCUCAUUUUGGGAACCCAUCUCUGAGCCCUGCCUCCACCCACUCUGGUUUUGGGCCAUCCAGGUGAACCGUCUUUAUUGGGUCUAAAUCUCAAGCAAUUCACUUCCAUCCUGGGAAGUUUGGUUGAGAAUCACAACCCUUCCUCUCUCUCCCAGGUUGAGGAGGGGAAAGGAGAGCCUUCAUUCUUCUCUGAUCAGAGUCUGGUAGAAAGCCCAAUUGAACUAAGUGUCUUUUUGUCAGUUUGUUGCUUUUCCUUUAAUAACGCAUGCUGCUCCUUUGCCUGCCUUGUGCCCGUGCUCUUUCCUGUGUCUGCCUUGAUCUGUGUGGCUGCGCUGGGAUCUUCCGGACAACUGUUGGGCGAAGGUGAGGAUUGUGUGCUUUCUCUUGCUACCUGAGGAUGGGGUGUAUGCUUUGGGCAAGGGAAAGACUUCCCAAAUUCCUUUGGAGAACUUGCUCCAUCCUGACUUCAGCUUCUCUAGGAGCAAACAUUCUCCCUCAAGCUCAAGGUUUCUCAGCCUCGCACAGUGCCCAUUCGGGGCUGGGUAAGUCUUGGCUGUGGAGACUGUGUUCUGGGAAGGUCAGCAGCCUCUUUGGCCUUGCCCACUGGAAGCCAACAGCACCCCUCCCCAGGAGUGACCACUGGAUGUGUCUCUAGAACACUGCCAACUUCCCCCGGGAGGCAAAGUCACUCCUGGCAGAGAACCACUGGUUUCCUUACAAAUGAUUCUUGACGUGGGUUUAUAGAGGGCCAUGAACUUGGAUGGGAAAAGAAAUUACACUCAACUAAAGUUGAAUACUUCCUACCACUCUAAAUGUAGGGAAACAAGUAAACUCUUGUACUUGACAUGAGCAGUUUUUGUAACUUUGUCAAAAUAGGAAAAACCAUUAUUUUCACGUCAUGCGGGGAAUAUUUCAGCUUUCUUGAGAUCAAAUUCACAUUCAUCACCACUUUAAAGUCACAGUGGGUUUUAGAACUGCUGCUAGAACUAUCGUGUCAUUGGACACGAUAAAAAAGACAUUGCGAAGGUAUAUGUUUGUGUUUAAACAUUUUGAUAACUAUAUCAAUAUAAUUGGCUUUUUAUUUUUGUGUAUUUCUAUUUUAUACAUUUAAAAACUUUUUCCAAAGAAAGAAUAGAAAAGCUUCAUGAGACUUCCCAAAAUGGGUCUUUAGUAUAAAAAAGAUGAAAAACUCCCGAAUGGAACAGGAUUUCUGAGUUGGAAGGGGUAUCUGCUAGGCUGCACACAGCCAGUCAGCUUCCUGCCAUUGGGGUAAAGGCCAUCCCAUGAUGAUUUUGUUUGGGGCAGUCCUGCAGACUGUUCCCCAAGGUACACAUCCAAUCCCAGCCCUUCUCCCCCUCCAAGCUGUGUUUACCCCUUGCCUUGGACAAGGGUACUUCAAAAAAUUUGUGAGAAAAUGGAAUUAAAGGAUGUUUUGGUGCAAAAUGUAUCUGAAAUCCAGGCAUAGUUUUUUCAUGAUAUACAUUUCCCAUGGUUUCGAAGACUCCUCAUUUUCAGGACUGGUCCUUGGUUCUGAUUUGCACAUCCCCUUUGCCACCUAUCUUGGGUCCGCUAUGGUGGGAUCCAAGCUGUGAUGAGUGGAGCCUCAACUGUCCCCAGGAUUGGGAAGAGAGAGGGGCGG